AGCCAACUCUUACUAGUAGCAGUUGCAGUGGAGAUAAAGAUUUAAAGCGAUAAGAUAUAGUCAUAGCAUUUACGCUUAUAGAUGCUAUCUUAAGCGUUGCCGUCGUUAGCCAUGAGUGGAGAUGUGACGGGAGGCAUAACUUCCAGUCGCACUGUCUCCGCCGAUGCGGCGGCGACGGCGGCUGCUUUUUCACGUGCGCAGGUAGGAGAUAGAGCGGAGGCGCAGUACGCGUCUGCGAAGACGUCAGUGUGGUGGGACAUAGAAAACUGCCAGGUGCCCAGAGGAUGUGACCCUCACGCUGUUGCCCAGAACAUAAGCUCUGCUCUUGUGAAGAUGAAUUACUGUGGGGCCGUCUCCAUCUCCGCCUACGGCGACACUAAUAGGAUUCCCCAAUCAGUCCAGCACGCCCUUUCUAGUACCGGCAUCGCCCUUAACCAUGUCCCUGCCGGUGUGAAAGAUGCGAGUGACAAGAAAAUUCUAGUUGAUAUGCUUUUCUGGGCAGUAGACAACCGUGCCCCGGCAAAUUAUCUGCUCAUAUCUGGUGAUCGGGAUUUUUCUAAUUGUCUCCAUCAGCUAAGGAUGAGGAGAUAUAAUAUACUUCUAGCACAGCCACAAAAAGCAUCUGCACCUCUUAUUGCUGCAGCAAAGACUGUAUGGCUUUGGACAAACCUUGCAGCUGGAGGAGCUCCACUUACUAGUGGUGAAUCAACGCAUCUUGCCAACGUUAGUCGUACCAUUAAUAGCGCAACAUCUCAAAGCAGCCAACCAAUGGUUUUCAAAGUUGAAAGCCUUUCUUUGGGAAACUCAAAUACUAAUGUCAGGGCUGGGGAUAAUGUUUCGAAAGGGAAAUAUGCUUAUAAUACCUUGGAUCAGCCUGGCAUAUCAAGAGCCUUAAGUGUGCCAGUUGCAAUUCAAGAAACUAAGAGCAAUGGUUACUCUUAUCAGCCAGAACCCACACAAGUGAAGCAGUUUAAGAAAGCUCCACACGAGUUCUUUGGAGGCAGUGGGCCUGUUGUCUCUACAGGUAUGCCUACACCCAAUUCUUUACCAAGUAAUUCUGACUCUGCAAGAAGUAGUGGCAGUAAUCCUAUAGGAGGUGCUCAGAAUCAACAUGUUCAACAUCUGAGGUCAAAUAACUUCUCUGUGGAAAAACCCACCUUUGCACAUGAUAAUUACUCUUUGAAUCCCAGACCUGAUGGUACUAGACUUUCUUUAGCCUCGCUUAUGAUUGUGCCUGAUGGUGGUAAAUUAGGUAUAUCUGACCGCCAUAAUUAUAUUCAGGAUGCUCAAACUGUAGCAGAUUUAAAGAUGGGCUCUGUUGAGUCUUCUAACCGUGCUACCUUUAAUGUACGACAUAAAGGCCAUAUGAUGCGCAGUGGCCAGACAAACAAUUGGAAUUAUUGUAGUCCAGAAUUUCCAUUUUCUUCAUCCUCUCUAGCAGGUAGCAACACUACCUUUAGUAAUGGUAUUUGGGGAACUCAAGGAAGGCUUCCACCUUCAGAAUAUGUGCAAGGUCUUAUUGGUGUCAUCUUACUGGCUUUAGACACCCUGAAAGCUGAAAAACUUAUGCCCACUGAAGCUAACAUAACUGACUGUAUUCAUUUUGGAGACCCAAAACACCGAAGUACUGAUGUACGGAAAGCUUUAGAUAGUGCAAUUGAGCAAAAUAUGGUACUGAAGCAAAAGUUUGGCGCUGUGGAGUUGUUUGUUGGUAAAAAUGACAAACUAUGGAAGUGCGUGAACCCUAUGGGUGGUAAUCCUAACCAGUACCCAACAGCAAAAUGGGAUGAAAUACAAAAGUUCCUCACUUCCUCAUCUGGGCGAUCAGCCAUAUUGGCUUCUAGCUGCAAAUAUGAAGCGGCAUUGAUUUUAAGGAAGGCGUGCUUGGAAGGCCAUGCUUUGGGUGAAGUACUUCAGGUCUUGAAUAUGAUUAUUUCAUUAAAGAAAUGGAUUAUUCAUCAUCAGUCAGGAUGGCAACCGAUUGCUGUUACCCUUCAAGCCUAACGCAGAGACCGGUACCAGCCUACAGGAUUGAUCUAUCAAUAUCAAUAUUAAUAUUCGAAAAGUGGCCUUAGGAGCGCAUAGAUGCUUAAUACAUUGUUAAUAGAACGGUUUUGAGUGUGCAAUAUAUUAGAGUUGUGAAGAUUCUUGGAACAUGACAUCGAAGUUGCGAGAAGUAUAAUGGAAUUUAUCAUAUCCCUCAAUCAAUUAAGCAAACAAGUAGGUGUGGGUUUAUUUUGUUUGCUAAGCACUUAUUUUCAGCACAUAUAGAAAAAGUAUUGCUUAGGAAAUGGUUGCAAUCAGUAGCCAAUAUGAAGUUCUCUGAAGUUGCAGAUCUGCAGUUAUAAGUUGCUUUUGCACAAUGGGCCUUCUAUAAAAGAGUCUGUUUGUAUCCUAGAUUUUCAGGGCUGUUCUUCCAUGUCAAGCCAUCUGUUAGAUUUGAUGGUCUAUGGUGGAUAUUACCCAAAAGAGGAUCAAAAGCGACUACUUUCAGAAAAAAGAAAAGAAAGUGUUACAGGUAUUUCUGGAAAAAUAAGGCUAUCUCUCUCUCUCUCUUUUUUUUCUCUCUCUUAGGUUUUAGCAAAUCAAUCACCGAUGUGACAGUUGCAGUCUAGUUUUAGCAUAGCAAUAUCUUCGUGGUGUGGCCAGCGAUACUGUUUUAUGGUUGAAUGUGAGAUGGCCUGAUGAAGGUUAAGUUUUAGAGUUGGUCUUGAGAUGAGGAUGAGGAUUACGAGUUCUGCUUGGUUCUUAUAAGCAAGUGAGACUAAUUAGCUUGCUUUACAUUUAUACUUGAUUGAAGAACGGACAAAAAAGAUAGGCAGUGACACAUGGACGAUGAAGAACAUUGAGUGACUACAAAUGGCGAGAAAGCUUUUAAAGUACACACAACUGGAAAUUUUACACUAUUGUUCAAUAUUUUGGAUCAUGCAUGUAGGGCGUGGUUAUAUCUGCUGUAAUGAGCAAAAUUUUUACUACAUUACUGUCUUCUUUCUUUGGAAUUGCUUGUAUUCUUAGGGCAUAUAUGGUUGUUUUGUGGAGGCAGAUGCUAAAUGUUUCAGAAAACAUGCUUUUCUUUGUUGCUCUUAUGCCACCUUUACUUUUUUCUGUGUGAUACAUGCUUUAAUGUCCAAAUUUGCUUCUAUUUA